UGAACGAACAACACGCUUGUUGGUGUAAAGUCACGUGUACUCACGUGUUCAUCUGGUGGUGAUUUUAUGUUCACGCUGUUAAAACGCUUCUACACUUAAAAUCGGUGCCUUUAUUUAUUUAAGGAUGUCAGAGGGCACGUGCACCAGUUCAGAACACGUGCAGUGGCUAAAGCAUCAAGUUUCAGUGAUGAGAAAAGAGAUGAAGAACCUCAGGCAGUAUGUGGAGAGUUCGGUUCGAGCCCACAGGAAACACAUGGCGUCUCUUCACUCCACACUGAAGGAUGUUCUUGAUAAAAAGCAGGCGAUGACGAAGAGUCCUUCCUCCUCCUCCUCCUCCUCUCAGAGUGCAGCAGGGACAGAGCUGUCAUUAGAGAGAGGUCAUAUUCGCACCGUCCCCAUCGGUUUCAUCACUUCCUGUUUUGCUCAGAAGAAUGGCACUCCGAGACAGCCGGCCGUCUGCAGCUCGUCUCGCGCUCGUCUCAAAAUCCAGUCCUCUGUGUUCAACAACCCUGAACACGCUCUCACCGGCCUGCAGCACUAUUCCCAUGUCUGGCUGAUCUUUCUGUUCCAUAAGAACGGACACAUGAGCUUUAAAGCUAAAGUGAAGCCUCCUCGUCUGAACGGAGAGAAAGUGGGAGUUUAUUCCACACGCAGUCCUCACAGACCCAACGCCAUCGGCCUCACACUCGCUAAACUGGACACCAUCACAGGUGAUGUUCUGCACCUGUCAGGUGUGGAUCUGAUCUCAGGCACUCCUGUUCUGGAUAUUAAACCAUAUAUUCCUGAGUACGACUCUCCGCUCACACACAGCACGCUGACCUCAGAGCUGUAUGACCAACAGGAAGUAUGCUCUGAAUCACCUGACAACCCUGAGGAACCAGAGGAACCGGAGAGCCUGGAAGCUGAAGAGCAGCUCGGUGAUGGUGCUGACUUUUCAGCAGGAUGUGAUAUGAGUCGUGUGUUGGAGGAUCUGAGGGAGUUUCUCCUGCAGGGGGCUGAAGAUCAACACACAGAGACACCGGCGGCCACCCAGGAGGAGGAGGAGGAGGAGCAGGCGGCAUGUGAGUCAGACAGCAGCGUCGCUUCCUGGAUCAGAAAACCUCCAGUAGACACUCUGAGUGUGAGAUUCACUCCUACUGCAGAGAGACAACUUGCUGACUUCCUGCCUCCUCACAGCUCAGACACAGGAAGAAGGCCGAAGUUCCAGUUUUUAAACGGUCCUGAGGAAGCCGCCGCCGCCAUCCGGGGUGUUUUAUCAGCUGAUCCGAGAUCAGUGUACCGGAGAAAGUGCUGCAGCGAUCGCCUUUUCUACUUCAGUCUGGACACGGCUCACAUCACCUGCUGGUUUGGGGACGGAUUUGCUGAAGUGUUGUGUGUUCGGCCCGUGAUGAGACCAGAGGAAGAUCAGGGUCCGAGUGAAGCUCCCUCGGUCUCCUCCUGUCAAAAACCUUCUAACUCAUACAUGUGAUAUUGUGUGUGUGUGUGUGUGUGUUUUCAAUCCAUUACUUAAAUGUUAAAGAUCAUGAUGUUUUCUGUGAUUAUUAAGAAUGCCAAGAUUCUUGCUUUGUGUUAAAUCAAAUAAAAUAUUCUGUUCUUA